CGGCUCUUCCAAAUGUUCUUCGGAAAUUUGAUUGCUGUUUGAAGUCUGAACACCGAUAAACCCUAAACCCCAAAUCACUCACGAUGAAUGUACUACAGUUAAGCACAAUACAACUCCCCCUUAUCUUCAGUUCGACGUUCACCCAAUUGAACCAUAUUAAUUCAUCUCCAAACCUUUUUACUUCCAUUAAAUUACGCUCUAGUCGCAAACCAUGUAAAUAUUUGGUUAAAGCUGGUGAGAACCGACCACCGAAGUCCACGGAUUUGCUGACACAAAUUAGAGAACUCGAAGCAGAAGGUGAAGAUGAAGACCAUGAUGAUAAUGAUUUGAUUGAUAUUGAUUGGGAUAAAGUGGAGGAUGAAUUUUCUCCAAAGGGCCCGUUUAAAGGAGAAGGAGAAGAAGGAAUGGAUUAUGAUAAGGAUCCUGAAUUUGCUGAAAUUUUGGGAGAUUCUCUUGACGAUCCAGCUAAAGCAAGGUCUAAAAUAGAAGAGAGGAUGAAGAAGAAAAGGGACAAGAUACUGCAGCGCAAAACCGGUUCAGCCACACCCAUGAGAGUGACUUUUAAUAAAUUUGACUUCAACAACUCGUAUAUUUGGAUUGAGUUCUACCAUGCUCCAAUGGAGAAAGACAUUAGGAUGAUUUGCGAUACGAUUCGUUCAUGGCAUAUUGUUGGACGCCUUGGUGGAUGCAAUUCUAUGAAUAUGCAAUUAUCACAAUCUAUUACGGAUAAAAGACCGAGUUAUGAUGAUAUUUUAGGAGCAAACAUUGAACCCACGACAUUUUAUAAUAUUAGUGACCUUGAGAUUCAAGACAAUGUUGCACGUAUAUGGGUGGAUAUUGGUACAAGUGAGCCUUUGUUGUUGGACAUAUUGAUAAAUGCAAUGACACAGAUAAGCUCUGACCAUGUUGGAAUCAAGCAGAUGGUUUUUGGUGGAUCUGAAUUUGAAAACUGGAGUCCAAGUUUGACAUCAGAGGAUGAAGGUUAUAGUGUACAUAAAAUCUAGUCAAACAUUCAUCAUCUCAUGUGUAAUAUUCACCAUUUUGUUGUCAUAAUAAUAUAAUAUAAUAUCUUUAAGGGUUAUCUUGUUUACUUUGGUAGAGAAAGGAAGAAAUAGGAUGAUGUAUGAUUUACUUCACCAAGUAAAAUGAUAUAGUUUCAUUUAUCUUUUUUU